AUGUCAGCGGGGAGGCAAUGUGCCUGCCCCGGAAACUGGGCUGGGGGGACCAUCGGCGCUGGGUACAGAAAACUGCUAAUUACCACACAACCACGACAAACUGAGAUUGGUAUGGGUGCGACGGCCCACAACUCGGGGGCGAGGUCACAAAAGCGACCAGUCAUAUGGGCCGCCGAGGCCGGGCAGUGUGGCUCCUGCGAGUCUUUGGUAGGAUUUGAUGGUCGCCAGGUCUGGUCGUGUCGGUCUCCACUGUCAGGAUUCUGUGGCACCUUGGCGCUCGCAACGCGGCCCGCUGCCCUCCAUCGUUGA